AUGGGUUUCCUCUUUUGUCCUUGGCUCAGAUGGGGCCGGAGGCACGCAACCUCGCCGAAUGACACGUCUUGCUAUCAGCUGACUCCACUCGAAUCACUAUCUCCAGUGGAGGAACAAGCGGAAGGCGUAUCUUGGUCGGCGGACAAUGAUUUUACUCAUGAACACAAGAGACGCUCCUCCGGUCUAUCUGAUAGACUACGCAGACGAUUCUCCAAAGAAACCAACACAGGGCCUAAAAAUGCUGACAGGAAGUUCAGGGGGUCUCUUCUUCCAUUCACGCACAAACCUACAAAUCCCAGCCCGGGUCUAAUCGCCUCCAGUGACUUUCCAAGCAGUCUGAUGAGCGACAGAGGAUAUGAUAGCGAUGCGCAAUUCAUGGAUACCCCAAGAAAGGCCAACAAUGCUACUGAGAAUCUGUAUAACAACCCCAGUAUUUGGGGAAGCAUGUCACCUCUUGCACAGCCCUACUAUGAGACAGAGCCGGAUGAGCCGGGCGAGGAAGUGGCAGAAGAAAGCCGCAUAAUGGUAGAUGGUCCUUUCCUUGGCCGAAACGAUAUGGAGACGUCCCAAUUGCCAUGGCAUCCACGGGACUAUCCAGGCUGGGGGGUGCCACCACCUAUCACUCACAGCGCAGAUUAUGGGCGUGCUCGAAAGAGAGUUGGAAGUCCUUAUACCACCGGAUUCUUUGACAACCCCGGUCGUUACUCUACCUUUACCAACCGUGGACGUCGCAUGGGCUAUCCGGGGCGCGCGCCCAUCUCUCCAGUACCGCAUGCCUCGUCUGUGGACUCGUUGUACGGGCCCUCCUCUCAGCUUUCGAUCCGAAAGAGGCGACCGCCCCCUCCGAGAGAGCCGAAAUCUGAGAGUCAUUCAGUUCAUCUAGGUGAAAUGGAUAUAUCGAAAAGACUAGUGUCACCCUCCAUAUCGCCUCAUGUCUUAUCCGAAAAGUCUUCAUUCGAUGGAAGAAAUGGGCGCGACAAUAUGGGAGCGCGGAACGUAUCUCAUCAAUUUCAUGAUCCAACUAACCUAGUAACAGCGCAAACGCCCGCUAGAGACGCACAUGAGUCAGAUCAAGUAACAUCCCAAGCACAGGUGUCGUCAUCAUAUUCUCGCAGAACUAGCUUUUCAUCUGGGUUUUCCAAGUAUCACUUUGAAACAAAGAUAUUUAAUCUUCCAGAGUCGGUAAGGGAGUCGAUCAAGAAUCCUUAUGCCGGCGCCUCUAGCCUUAGUCCAUCAUUCCAGUCACAAGAGACCCCCGUAGUCAGUCUAAAUAACCUCACUACCGCGGGUGCCUGCGAUACUACUGAAUGCGCUCAGCAAAACAAGUCUCCAGAACAACGUGAAGUAGAUCCUUUGGUUGCUUCUACUAGAGCUGACUCUCAGAGCAACCUAAGUAUGGCUCUUUCCUCGCCGCGUCAAGUCAGCGUUGGAUGGAUGUCGGGGGGACGUCGUCUUGGCUAUGGGUACACACUGGUCCCAGCAGACGAGGAUGGGGGGAAACUAGCCACUGGAGACACCUGUUCACUAAAACCGUGUCAUUUGAACAGUGCGGCUACGACUAGUGAGGGUGAUACGAAAGCAUCUUCAAGCCAUGUUGACAAGUCGUGUAUGGGGCAGAACAAUAAGAUGAUACUGUGGAAAGGAGAACCAAUAUUCGAGAUCUCCAACAUGAUGCACCGUCUGAAUCUGCGUCACUGGUCCGGUGCAACCACAUCCUCUGGUGGUGCAAACAAUGCCAGUGAGGGGACUAGCAACAGUUCAAUCACAUCCGUCUUAUGGGGAAAGUUAGGAUACACGAGGAAGAGCCAAAACGAACCGGAGACACAUGUGGAUCAGAAGCCUCCUUGGAGUCAUUUCUGUGGAGUUGGUCUGGAUCAAGCCUUGGACGGGACACAAAGCUUGCUGAAAAGUUCGCCUACACCCACGAACGGUACAGAGGAGCAGCUAUCGAGAGGGCGGGCUGGAUUGCAUCGUGCUCGAAGCCUAUGGACCAAAAGUCGCACUAUAACGGAUAGAGCCCACAGUCUUGAAACAAAGUUCACGACAAAGAUACCGAUUUCUAUCAAGCAGAGAUCUGACUUGCAGCAGAGGAAAAAGACACCAGUUAUUAGACUCAAGACUCGGGAUCGUAAGAAAACCAUCAAUAGCCUCGACGAAGAGAAACCUAUUCUCCCCAUUUCCAGCCAACAAGACAACCCUGCAUCGCCACGAAUAGAAGAGGGUCAGAAAUCUAAUCUGGACCACUAUAGCAGAAGAUACGGAACAUUGCAAGAAACAGAGCGAAAUAGUUCGGACACUGAUUUGGCUGAUGCAUAUGAAGAUUGUUUAGAGGUCUGUUCUAUUCCAUAA